AUGGACAGGCUGGCCGAAAUAGCUGAGAACUACGGGCACAGCCUGAAGCCCCAUCACAAGGAGCAGUUUGAAACCAGCACAUUGGAAGAUAUGCAAACGGAACUCAGCGACAUACAGUCAAAGCAGGACCAAACAAAGACCUUGAUGAACAUGAAUAGGAUCGAAAAGUUCCUUUCUGGGAUGGAAGAUCUCUCAAAGACUCUCACGGCAAUACAUAAUCGCGACACAGGGCACGCCAUGGCAUAUGUUUGGGGCUCAAUACGCUUCUUGCUCAGGGUUACUAGCCCAACAGAGAAAGCUUUUGACAGCGUCCUCGACGUGUACGAACAGCUUGGUGUACACCUGCCACAAUUGCACAAUUUUGAGAAACUGUUUCGUACGUUUGCCGGCUUCGAAGAAUGCCUAGUCAACAUUUACGACGACGUUCAGAGGUUCCAUAAGUUGGCAUACAAGCUCUUCUCGCUCCGCACAAAAUUAUGGCAACGACUUCACAAGUCCGUUUGGAAGGACUUGGGCCACACCUUCAAGCAGCUUGCAAAGUCCUUAGACACGCAUCGAAAAUUUAUUCAAAUGUACAGCGCUGGCCGUAUAGACAACCCUCAUGGUUCUGGUAACAGCUAUUACAAUAAUCGACAGUAUUGGGAUCCUAUAGAGGAUGACUUUAACCGAUACCGCUACGGUGCAAAGGAAUUUUGGAGAGAGUUUGAGGAAAGUGAGGUUGAAAGAAAGAGGAAACAAAGGGCAGCAAUCAAACUUUGGAUCUCGUCCUCCAACAAAGUUGCAGAGAUGCAUAAGAGGUUUCAAAAUACUAGAAAUAUAUGUCCAAAAAGCGGACGGUGGCUUUUCAAGCGUCACGCCGAGGUCUGUGACUGGAUGAAGGAGGAUGAGCCACCAGAGUCUGCUGUUUGGCUUCAUGGGAGCAAAGGAUUCGGCAAGGAUAGCCCAGGCACCGUUUUUGGCAAAGGGAAAACGAUCCUUGCGUCACUCAUUGUGGAUGAGUUGAAGUCUCUUAGCGCAUCCGAAACGAAGAACAGAAUUCCCUCCGAAAGCAACAUAUACUAUUUCUACUGUCAAGAAGACGACAAUGAGCAUCGAACCUAUCUCGACAUCCUGAAGGGAGUCCUACACCAAAUGAUCUAUGCGGACGAAUACAUUCUACCUCUUUGCGAUGACAGGAUGCAUCAAGGCGUAGAGGACAACUUGUCCAACGCAGAAACAGCGCAGACCCUUAUCGAAGCAUUUAUUGAGCACGCACCCAGGCAGUACAUAAUCAUUGAUGGGUUGGAUGAGUGCGAACCAAACGAGGCGCGCCAGACGGCGCAUUUUUUCAUGCAACAGGUUUCCAAGUGCGACAACGAUGUAAAGCUUGGUCAGCUGAGAGUGUUGUUCACCAGCCAAACGAUGCCUGAAUUAAGCAAACAAAUGCCAGAGGGCGACGCCAGCAUCAUUCUUGACCCUAAAGAUAACGCCGAAGAUAUUCGCACCUAUGUGCAAAAGAGAAUAGUGGAGUUCUCGGGGUCAAAUGAAUUCAACCGUGGAUUCAACCUCUCUGACGCUGAUAAACAGCAGAUGGAGAGCAUCGUCUGCCAUCAAAGCCAAGGCAAGUUCUUUACUCACCUGAGCAGCAUGUUUCUCUAUGCACAUCUCACUAUGGAGUAUUUGCUCCAACAACAGACAAAGGGGGAACUACUCGAAAAGAUCAACCAAGAGAUGCUCCCUAAAAGACUUGAAGACAUAUAUGAAAGGCUCCUGGGAUCUAUCGAGGCAAAGCUUAAAGGGCUAGAAGGAGGCGAUUCUCAGUGGGAAAAGGCAAAGAUCCUGUUGGGAUGGUUGGUUUGCGCGAAGAGACCCCUCAGAUGGCACGAGAUUCAGUCCAUCUUAUCAUUCGACCCGGUCAAUGAGGUGGUUGAUUUCGACAAUAGGAUGCUGCGGCACAACGUACGAAAGUAUCUGGGGUCUUUGGUACAUGUAUUAGAUGGAGACCAUAUCCGGUUAAUCCACUCAACAGCACGUCGAUACAUCAUCGACAACAAUCGUAUAAGUGAGAAUGAGGUACAGUGUAGACUUACAGCACUCUGUCUGAGGUAUCUAUCUCUGCCUUGCUUUGUAAAUGGCUACCAAGACAUGCAGCGCAAAGAGAAUGCCAAGCACGGCUGGUUCUCAUUUCAAGAUUAUGCCUGUUCCCAUUGGCAUAGCCACAUUAACACCGUCAUCAGAAGCUCUAACGACAUCAUGGUUCUGCAUGCUGAUAUCCAGACACAAGCUGUACAGGCUCAAUGGGAGUUCGCGACUGCCCUGAACCUGUUCAUCGAGAGACAUGGCCACCAGUUGACUUCCGAGAUCCAUGCGGAGCUAGAAGAGGAUCCAGGAGAGACAUUCCAAGGCUUCCCUGAAAAGUUCCACGAGAACCUCCGCAAAAUUUGGAACCAUAUAUUCACUCACCAAAAGGGUGAUUUUGAUUGCCGUAACACUGUCGGCAUUACCCAGAUCGAUGACGCCCUCCGUAUUAACCGGACCUGCCUCGAGGAGCAUUUUGUGCCUACCGACAGCGCCAUUAAUACUGAUACUAUCGAGGAUUACUACGGACCUAAUUUAUUCAAGUGUCAGCGAACCCUCUGCCGCUACUUUUACGUCGGCUACGACAGCGCCAAGGCACGCGAUAACCACCACGCCCGGCAUGACAGGCCAUUCACUUGCCCUAUCGCGUGUAAUCUGGCACCUAUAGGGUUUUCGAGCAAGAAGGAUAGAGACCGGCAUGUGCGGAUUUACCAUCGCGAGAUGAGUGACAGGCCUUCCAUGUUCGAGGCACCGGCCCGUAAACAGGGACGUUUCAAGUGCUCGAUAUGCGACGACACCUUCACAAGAAAAACGAAUCUUAGGGGACAUGAGCGGAGCCAUUUCGGGGAUCGACCUUAUUCAUGUUCAACUUGCGGUAAAGCAUUCGGCAGGCAGAGUGAUUGUCGUAGACACGAGAAGAUUCACGCCAGGAGAGGGGCAUAA